GUACUUUUAUGAUCUAGUUCACUUUUAGGAAACUCGCCAAAGAGGUGAACGAGUCCCAUUCAUAAGCUUCAGCAGAGGCAAUGGAAUCAACCAUCAGCCUCCUCUCCGAGAAGCACUUCCUGUGCUCUCUGUGCGAGGAAAUCUUCAGCAACCCAGUUACGACGCCCUGUGGACACAGCUUUUGUAAAACAUGUCUGCGUGUAUACUGGGGCCGCAGUGGGUCAGAUGAGUGUCCACUCUGUAGAAGGGCCUUUGGUUCCAGACCCCAUCUCAGUGUUAACCGCAUACUGGCAGACGUCACUGAAAACUACAGGAAAACACGUUUGACUGCUAAAUCAAAGUUUUUUAGUAUGGAUGAACUGCAAGAUGAACCUAAGAAUGCAGGAGAGGUGGAACAAAUGAUCCAGGAGAGACUUCAGAAGGUUGAGAAACUUCAGUAUUCCUUAAAGCUCUUAAAGAUCACUUGUCUCAGGGAGGUUCAGGAGAGUCAGAGGGUGUUUUCUUCUCUGUUGAGCACAUUAGAGCAGAGCCAUAAACUGGUAGUGGAUGCAGUUGAGCAGAAACAAAGAGAGGCGGAGAAAAGAGUCGACAGACUUGUGAAAAGUCUGGAGAAAGAAAUCCUUGAUCUGAAAAGUGAACACACCCAGCCAGAGCUCUUACGCUUGGAUGACAAGGAGCGUCUUAAAAAGAGUUUCAGUCAUAUACCGGCAGUGAUGAGAGACUGGUCUAAAGUCACACUGGAGACUGAUCCUUGCGUUGGCUUCACCAGGCAGGCAGUGGUUGACUUCAUGGAUACAGCCAUGAUGGAAGCUAAAAGACUUUCUAAAGCAGAACUGAAGAGAUUACAGAAAUACUCAGUUGACGUUACUCUGAAUCACCGGACAGCCCACCCCUAUCUCUACAUCUCUGAGGACAGGAAAGAGGUUAGACAUACAAAUAAGCGACAAGAAGUCCCAGAGAACCCUAAGAGGUUUGACCGGGUGGCCAAUGUGAUGGCCAAGGAAGCCCUGAGCUAUGGAAGACACCUCUGGGAAGUGGAGGUCGGCGACAAGACUGAGUGGGACUUGGGCGUGGCCAGACAAUCUGUCAAUAGAAAGGGGAAAUUCACAAUAUGUCCUGCCAAUGGCUUCUGGACACUUAGCUUAAAGAAUGGGACCCAGUAUGUGGCUAACACAUUCCCUCCCACUUCUCUGGCCCUUGGUCACAGGCCCAGAAAAGUGGCCAUCUACCUGGACUAUGGGGAGGGCCGCGUGUCUUUCUUCUGUUUGGAUACUGGAGCUCAUAUCCACACUUUCAAAGAUACUUUCACAGAUAAGCUCCACCCCAUCCUCAGCCCAGGACGACCUCAUGGGGACAAGAACACUGCUCCUCUUAUAAUCAGCUCCAGCUGUUGCAGUAUCUGAACCAUUAUGCUGCCCUGAAAACUUUCAGUUUCUUUGCCGCUGCCAU